GCGUUUACGUGUACCUUCCGCUGCUCAUUUCCGUUUACAUGAUUUCCGCUUCGAUGAUAUACAUUUCGAAGAUGAUGAUACUUUAAAGGCAUGUUUGCGUAUGUUUUUGGAUUUAGAUUUCGUUGAACGUUUCCAUAUUGACUACGAGGUAUUGUGUCGCUGGCUAUUGAGUGUCAAGAAAAAUUAUCGUAAUGUCACUUAUCACAAUUGGCGACAUGCCUUUAAUGUUGCCCAAAUGAUGUUUGCCAUUUUAACGAUUUCCCAUCAUGGACAGGCCACGCAAUGGUGGAAGAUAUUUGGUGAAAUUGAAUGUUUGGCAUUGAUAAUAGCCUGUUUAUGCCAUGACUUAGAUCAUCGGGGGACCAAUAACUCAUUUCAAAUUAAAGCUUCUUCACCUUUGGCUCAAUUGUAUUCCACCUCUACCAUGGAACAUCACCAUUUCGAUCAGUGUUUAAUGAUCUUAAACAGUCCUGGUAAUCAAAUUUUGGCGAAUUUAUCUUCAGAGGAUUAUUGUCGUGUCAUUAAAGUAUUAGAAGAUGCUAUUUUAUCUACCGAUUUAGCAGUUUAUUUAAGAAAACGUGGCACCUUUUUGCAAUGCGUUCAGGAGCAACCCAUGAGCUAUUGGGUUGAUGAAGAGCCUAGAGCUUUAUUGCGUGCCAUGAGCAUGACCGUUUGUGAUUUAUCUGCCAUAACGAAACCGUGGGAUAUCGAAAAACGUGUAGCCGAUUUGGUUAGUUCGGAAUUUUUCGAACAGGGUGAUAUGGAAAAACAGGAAUUGAACAUAACGCCUAUUGACAUUAUGAACCGUGAAAAGGAAGACGAGUUACCCAUGAUGCAGGUUGGCUUUAUUGAUUCCAUAUGCUUGCCAAUAUAUGAGGCAUUUUCACAACUUUCUGAUAAACUAGAACCUCUGGUUGAGGGAGUUCGCGACAAUCGCCAACACUGGAUUGCACUCGCCGAAGGUGUGGAAACUAAACAGAACAAAAAAAGCAAUGGCAUCGUAAGAAAUAAAAACCAACGCAAUACACACACCAAAAGUAUGACAAUUCCAACGGAUGUCACGCCCACACCAAAUAGUGAUCUCAACAAUGAAUUGCAAACCGAAAAUGAUGAUGAUGCCAUAGAUGUGGAUCAAUACACUGAAAAUGAUGCUGAUGAAGAUGAGACGGGCAUAGAGGCAGAUGAUGAUGAUUCAGAGACGGAACUAUUGCAAGAGCAUUCAACUAUUUGUUAUUCUACUGCCUCGAGUAGAUUGUCAACACCACCUCCCACGGGGGAAGAGGAUAGUUCGCCGAAUUCACCCACCAAAAAGGGUUCCCUAACCGAAACACAGGCCCAGAUGAUAGCCGCCAAUGUGGACAGUCUUAAUUCGAACAUAUUAAGGCAGCGCAAUUCCUCGACUUCGUCCUCCUGUAGGAACUGUGAGUGUAUGCGUGUUCGCAAGACCUCCUCACUAAAGGGAGCCAAUGAAAUUAUACGUUCAAACGAUAGUAAUAGAUCCUAUAGUAAAAGUACACCCUCAAUGACAAACUGUGGCACUGGUGCGGGUCAUCAACAGAGUGCUACAGCACAACAUCAACAGAGUCAUCAUCAUCAGCAUCAUCAUAACAAUUCCUCCACAUCGUCGUCUAACUCACAUCAUCAUCAUGGUCAUCAUCAUCACCACCACCACCAUCAUCACUCACAUCAUCACAGUAGCAGUGCUAGUAGUACAGGUGGUGGUGGCCAUGUUGGCGGCGGUCUAACAACAACCGGAGCCGGUUUAAAUUUAUCCAACCAGUCCACACUUUCGGAAAGUGAUAAAAUACCAAAAAUCGUUGGUAAGUUAGGAAAUCUCGAUACAAAUUUUCAACAUAUUACGACUACCUCUAAUGGUUGUGCUGCCUAUGCGGCCGUACCCAAUGGUCAUUUCAAUUACUUGCCAAAUAACGUAUUAUCACGUCGUCAUUCGGAAACGAAUGGGACUGCAACUCUUACCACCAAUUUCUUUAAUAAUACCAAUGCAACUACAACAACACCACCAACAACAUCAUCAUCAACAUCAACAACAACAAAAACAAGUCAAUCUAUAACAACCACGCCCCAAACGCCUAUAUGUGAUAAAUAAAUAAAAGCGGAUUGAAAAGAGAGCGUUUAAGACUCUUUGUUUUAAAGUUAAGAGUAAUGAAAGAUAAUGUUUGGGCGAAAAGCAGCUAUCGGCAGAUAGAGACUGUUACUAUUUAUUCGAAUGCAAAAAAAAGCUCUUAAGAGAACAAUAUAACUCUGCCAAUAACUGUUUUAUGGUUGGUUGAUUUGUUGUUUGCUUGUUGAGAUGAUUUUCUAAAGAGACGGAUUUGUAUGAUUUAAGAGAAUUAUGUUUGGGCUUGUUUGUAAGAUAAACUAUUUAAGAAAUUGAUUCUUUGUUAAAUCAAUAAGUUUAAUUCAUUAAGGGAAACAUAAACUAGACAUUUGUAAAGAUUUAUAAAGCUAAUAUUAAAAAAAAGGGAGAAAAUAUUUUUUGUAAGAAAUCUGCUUAUAAAUCUGGUAUGAAACAUGCAGACGGUUAAAACUUUCUGGAGAAUUUAAUUUAUUUUUGACCAAAAAUUCUUUAGUAAAUUAUUAUACUUUAAAGCAACAAAAUAGUUUUUCUAAAAACAAACAAUAUAAAAUUAUAGAAAAAAACAUAGUUUUUUAAUAACUAAAACAAAUUUGUUCUUUAGAUGUUUUAUAAAGCAAAAACGAAAGAAUUAGAAGAAAUACAUACCGUUUAAAUAAUUUAAUUACAUAAUUACUAAUUAAAAUAAUAAAGUUUCCUAUUAUUCUAUAUAUUUAUAAAGUUUAAACUAAAUAAAAGUAAUAAAUAUUAUAAGAAAAUAAUCAACUUAGUUGAAAAUAUAUAGUCACAUCUUUAAACAAUAAUUUAAUUAAAAAAAAUCAUGUAUAACUAAACAAUAUAGUUCAAUUUACAAUUAAGUUAUUAUUUAUAUUUAAUAAACAUAAAAAACCAAAUAAAAUUUGAAAUAAAAUAUGUUUAAAAAGAA